AUGGGAGGACAUGUUAGCAGAAAUGAAUUAGCACGUGGCGUUAAGGACACAGAGAGUGUUCUUGUAGUCGUUGGAAUAGAUUUUGGAACCAGCAAUACCGGAUAUGCUUUCUCUCUGGUCCGAAAUCAAAGCCAAAUUCAUACAGGAAGGUAUAAAAAUAAGCUUCAGACAGAUCGGGAGCCAACCACAGUGCUACUUAAACCAGAUGGUUCUUUUGAUUCUUUCGGAUUCGAAGCUCUAGAAAACUAUUGCAAGUUGUCUGAAAGUGAGCAAAAUGAAUACUAUUUAUUCAGGGCGUUCAAAAUGGAACUACAUAAUAAACCCUUUUUUUCAAAGGACACAAAGAUAAAGGAUAUUCACAAGAAAGAGUUCCCUGCCUGCAGGGUGUUUUCAUAUGUCAUCGAAUAUCUGAAAUCCUUAGCACUUUCUGUCAUGCGAGAGGAAACAGAUUUGAAGGAAACUGACAUUUUUUGGAUGUUAUCAAUUCCUGCAAUUUGGUCACAAUCUGCACGUCACUUUAUGCGAAAAGCUGCAACAGAUGCCGGUAUCAAUGAAAAUAAAAUAAGGUUAGUACUAGAGCCAGAAGCUGCAUCCAUGUAUUGCAGAGAAAGGUUAAUGAUUGCAACAAAUUCAGCUUCUAUAGAUCAACUUCCUGUAGGAUAUAAAUAUAUUUUAGCUGAUUUAGGGGGCGGUACUGCUGAUAUCUGCGCUCAUGAAAUUAUUGGUAAUGGAAAGUUACGAGAACUUUAUAGAGCAAGUGGUGGAGACUAUGGUGGUAACAAAGUAGAUCUAGAAUUUUACAAAUUCAUGAUAAACCUUGUGGGUGGACCAGUGUUGACUUUGUUUGAAGAAAAUCACAUGUUGCUGUAUCUUGAUUUCUUAAAGGAAUUCGAAACAAAGAAAAAAGCAUUUAAAGCAGAUGAUCAAGUAAUAAGCUUAAAAUUAGAAAACGCUCUUUUGGAAAUCUUAAAAUCUGAAACAGGCGAAACACUAGAUCAGACGUUGUCACAAAUGACAUCACGUUAUAAAGAAAAGGUAAAAUUCAAAAGUGUGGACCAUAGGCUUGAGUUCAAUGGUGAAAUUAUGGCAGGCUUCUUUAAGUCUUCAGUAGAUGGUAUUAUAGAAUCGUUGAACAAGGUUAUAAAGAAAUGUCCAGUAGAUGUCGAAACAUUGCUCCUUGUUGGUGGAUUCGCAGAGUCGCCUUAUCUGAGGGAGAAAAUAAAAGCCAAAUUUGGAAACCUAAACAUAUUACUUGAACAAGAUUCGAGACUUGCAGUCAUGAAAGGGGCUGUUUUGUUGGGCUACAAUCCCAAGAAUAUCGUUGAAAGAAAGGCUGGGUAUACAUACGGCUAUUCAGAAAUUCGUGAUUUUGAUAGACAAACAGAUCCCAAGGAACUCAAAAUUAAAGGAGAUGACGGGAAAGAGUAUUGUGAUGCUCACUUUAAAAGGGUUAUUGAAAAAGGGCAGAUUCUAAAGUAUAAUGAAAAAAUUGAAACAAGCGUCAAUGAAAAUCGGAGGAACCGAGCGUUAAAACAUCGCUCGGUAACAAUUGAACUGUGGCAGUCGGAGCAUCGUGACCCAAAGUAUUGUAGGGAAGAAGAAAAGUGUUCUAGAGUUACUGAGAUUGUGAUGAAUCCACCGGAAGAUGGUUGGCCUGAUCGUUUGAAAAUAAUACGUAUAUUGGAAAUUAAAGAAACAGAGUUUAAGAUAACAGUUAAAAAUGCAACCACAGGGGAAGAAUAUAAAACUGAACAUACUUUUUGA